CUGUACUAGAAUACAGUCAGUUCCUUCUCAGACUUCAUGAAGUUGAAUGGUACUUGGUGCUCUGCAGCCGUAGCUCGAGCGUCAGUGAUGGUCUGAGGACUUGUCGAUGGGGGACCAACUCCAAAGAUGGAUGUUCUGCUACUUUUGUUGUGCUUUUCGUGCGUCCUGCCAGUGUGGAGCAUUUUUGAUGGCCUUUGUCCCAGAGAAGACCCUCCUCCUGGUGUGGUGGUUGUGUCUCCAGGAAGCAGGCUGCAACUGACCUGCAGCGGUGACGUGAAGGUGAAUGGAGUGAAAGUCACCUUAACCAGAAAUGUCCCAAGCGUAAAUAAGAAAGGAUCUUCGUCAGAGAGAACUCCCACCACGCAGCAAGCUAGAAGAAACAGGCCUUUUACAAAAAGAAGUGAUAAAUCUUCUACAGUAAGUGAGAGACUCCCCAAUCCCACCACGGCGACUGGAAUCAGCACUCUGCUAGGAGAAAACCAAAGCAGCGGAUAUUCAGACGUGGAACACGCCACUUCUCCGCAGGUGGUCCACCCAACCCCUCCCAGCAAAACCACAAUUGGGGUAAAGUCAGACUGGGAGGAUGAAGAGAUGAAACUCGAGGAGUCAAAGGAAGGCAGCAGAGCAACCAGAGAGGUUAAAAUGAAGCCUCAGUGGCAGUGGAACAAACAGCUGAUGGAGAGCGUAGACAGAGAGUGGGGAGGACUUGCAUUUCUGAGUGACAAGAGCGGUCUGUCUCUGAGUUCAGUCCGACUGACGGACGCUGGGACAUACACGUGUUAUCACAGGGGAGAAGAAACACUUGCUGUUAAGGUGAUUGUUGCAGAUCCGCCUGAGACUCCAAAUAUCUCUUGCUACAAGAAGUCGCCCAGGAGUAAAAUUCGCUGUGAAUGGAAACCUCAGAAACCAGUAAUCAAGCGACCUCACUGCUACCUUUUUCUGAGCAAAGUUCAUUUCCCUCAUGGAAAAAAAGAGAAUUUCCAGAAAAAUCAUUGCUCAUACUCACAUCAGCACUCCCGCUGUUGGUGUGCUCUGGAGCACAUUGAGGAUGAGCGGAGGACGAACCAUCAGGCUUUCCUGUGUGCUACAAACUUCUUGGGCAACACCACCAGUCCCCUGAUCAAUUUCACACCUCUGGAUAUUUUGAUUCCAGACCCCCCAUCUAAUGUGAUGGCCUAUCCAGUGGAGAGACGAGAGAGAAUGAUAAAGGUGACCUGGAACUUACCAAAAUCCUGGAGGGAGACGGAUGACUUUUAUGACAUGAUCUAUGAGAUCAGAUACAGACCUUCAACCUCUUCAAAUGAACAGGAAAAUACAAUUCAAGAACGCAGAUACCUGAUUACUGACGCUCUGCCUGGUGUUGAGUACCUGAUUCAACUCAGAAUUAGAGAAGAAUACGACGGUCAUUGGAGCGAGUGGACUUCACCUGUCUCUGCCAGAAGUUGGACAGAAGAAAAGAGUGAUCUGACGACCACAACGAUCAACUUGCCCUUCACUGACGACUAUGGUUCUGGUUUUCCUGACGAUAGCUACCCUGAUGGUCCAACAAAUGAGUCAUGUGCCAACUCAGUUUCAUGCAACGUAUACUAUUAUAUUCUUUGGAUCGCUGCCGUUUUUGCCAUCAUGUGCGUCCUUUUGGCUGUCUACAUCUUAAGACACAAAGACAGGUUCAUGUCCAAACUCUACAAACUAAAUAGAACCACCCCCAGUGAGGACUUGUCUCCACCUCGUCCUUCCAUCCCUUCGUCCUCAGAAGAAGAAGCCCUGAUGUCUGACUCUGGCCCGCAGCUCUAUAAACAAAGCGACGCGCAAGAAGACGGGGAAAAUGAGAAUGGACAAACUGAGAUGGACAGAUCAGCAGCCACAAAUUUCAACAACAAAAGUUACUUCUUCCUGCAGAUGUAGUUAUGAAGGAACCAGUUUUAGAAAAUCACCGAAAAAGGACUGAGCUGAAGGAUGAACACCCAGAGAAAAUUUGUACAGAUUGUAUAUUUAUUCCUAUAUGUGCGUGCCAUGCUUAAACUUGCGCCGGAAUGUUUUUUUGUAUGUGGUUUUGUUUCUUUCUCUUCUGUCUACUGGUACCAUGUUAAAAUUUUGAAAUCACCUGCAGAGGUGACUUCAUCACAAUAAAUAUUUAAUUUUUAUAUGUUACUGAAAAAUUUAAGUUGAUACUGAUGUUGAAUUUCUGUAGUAAAAUACAGAAAUUAUGAAAGUUUCUUAAACUGUCAUGAACUAAAAAUAUUUUCUUACUCAUAAUUAUGAGUCAUCAUUAGUCAACAUUAUGUGAUUUAAAUUCAUUUGACUUUUUGACUAAUGGUAUUUUGAAUUAGCUAACUCAAAGUUAUGAGCUAUUAUUUCAUAUUGAGUUAUGGCAUGUUUAUGAGAAAAUUACUGAUUAAUUACUAUGUCAGUAUUUUGCUUUUGCUACCUGAUCAUUGUCUUACCUAUCUCAUAAUGAUUGAUUGAUUGAUUAUUAAUAAUAAACAGUGAUGGGACAUGAUUAAAAAAUAAUAUAAUUAAUUAAAGAUUCUGUGAUCAACUAAUGGUAUUUUUUAUCUAACAGUGUUUUUAAAUUUAAAUAAAUUUUGGUUGUUGAUUAAUCAACAACUAACUUAUAAGA